GACGUCACAUAGAUGCAAGCAGCCGUAGCUGCCUCACCGCUAAUCACACAUUACCUCCAAGCUAACCCUUCCGUGCUCUACAUGGUUCGCCUUUGAUACAUCAUCGCAAAUCCGAAUUGGCACACUCGCAUUCCACAAAAAUAGAGAUUUAACGACAUUGCGGCACGGGGAAUAUUUUUUUUUACCGUCUCAAAUAUCCAUUAGUUCCCCUCCUCUUGCAUCCAAGAACUGUCUGACUUGGCUAGCGUCAGGCUAGCCAGCUAGCUAGCUAGCUACUCGUAUCGCUAACGGUGGUUAGCUAGCUAGCGAGCUGUGGUAACUUGCGUCAUGGACGAACUGCUAGUGGAAGUGAGGGGGACAAGUGGCGCCUUUUAUAAGGCUUUCGUGAAGGAUGUCCAUGAAGGAUCAGUCACAGUAGCAUUUGAAAACAACUGGCAGCCGGAGCGCCAGAUCCCAUUCCAGGACGUGCGAUUUCCUCCUCCAACGGGGUUCUGCAAAGAGAUAAAUGAGAGCGAUGAGGUUGAGGUGUACUCAAGGUCUAAUGACAAGGAACCAUGUGGAUGGUGGCUGGCCAAGGUUCGCAUGGUCAAAGGAGAGUUUUAUGUUAUAGAGUAUGCUGCAUGUGAUGCAACAUUAAACGAGAUAGUGACGCUGGAAAGGUUACGGCCGAUCAAUCCAAACAAACCAGCUACCAAAAAUACCUUCCUCAAGAUCAGACUGGACGUCCCUGACGAUCUACGGCAGAUGUGCUCCAAGGAAUCCGCACAUAAAGACUUCAAAAAGGCUGUGGGAGCGUUCAGUGUUACCUACGACUCAGAGAAGAAGCAGCUGGUCAUCUUGUCAGUGAAUGAGGUCACGGCAAAGCGGGCCAACAUGAUGAGCGACAUGCACUUCAGGAGCCUCCGCACCAAACUGUCUCUCAUGAUGAGGAAUGAAGAGGCCAGCAGACAACUGGAGAGUUCCCGACAGCUGGCAUCACGGUUCCAUGAACAAUUUGCAGUACGUGAUGAUUUGAUGGGGCUCGCCAUUGGGACUCAUGGGGCCAACAUUCAGCAAGCCCGUAAAGUUCCUGGAGUCACUAAUAUAGACCUGGAUGAAGAGACAUGCACCUUCCAUAUUUACGGAGAGGACCAGGAUGCUGUUCGUAUGGCAAGGAGUUUCCUGGAGUUUUCCGAAGAUGUCAUCAAAGUUCCCCGGAACUUAGUAGGAAAGGUGAUUGGGAAGAGUGGCAAACUGAUCCAGGAAGUGGUUGAUAAGUCUGGCGUGGUGCGGGUUCGUAUUGAGCCUGAGAAUGACAAAAAGCCCUCAGUGGCAACGGCAUCGGUGGCAGCGGCAGCAGCAGGAGAUGAGGGAAUGGUGCCAUUUGUAUUUGUGGGGACCAAGGAAAGCAUCUCAAAUGCAACAGUACUGCUGGACUACCACCUCAACUAUCUUAAGGAGGUGGACCAGCUACGUCUAGAGCGUCUUCAGAUCGACGAGCAGCUGAGACAAAUAGGAGGCGGGGCCAGUGUAGGAGGAACGGGCCCACGAAAUCCUAAAGACAAAAGCUAUGUGUUUGAUAAUGGCACAGGCCUCGGGAGAGGAGCAGGAGGAGGGAAGCCCUAUGGAGGAGGGGGAGGAAGAGGCGGUCGAGGACGAAGAGGAGGGGGUGCAGCGUUUACCUCAGGCACCAACUCAGAGGCAUCCAACGCUUCAGAGACAGAGUCAGACCACAGAGAUGAGCUCAGCGAUUGGUCAUUAGCUCCCACUGAGGAGCUAAUGACAGGAGGUGGAACCUUGCCAAGACGGACGGACGGGAGGAGGAGAGGAGGUGGCGGAGGACCUCGAGGACGAGGGGGAAGAGGACGAGGAGGAUAUAAAAGUGAGGAAUUUUUUUCAACUUUUGUCAGCUACUUAUGGCAUACCUUGUUGUUGGGAUACAAUGGUUUGAUACGGUACCCUUGGCUGUCUCGGUUAGGUGACGAUGUGCAGUGGAGCGACCCGAGGCCUCGUCAUAGCAGAGACCCCAAGACGAGAGCACAGGAAGACACCCUACAGAUCCGUGUGGAUGGGAACAAUGAACGUAGCGUGCAGCAUUCCUCAGGGGGGAGAGGAGGAGGGCCUUCUUCAUCGCAGGGUGGCAUCAGUGCCAGCGGCGAGGGCCCGCCACGCCACCAUCACCGGCCCAUCAGAGACCGAGGGAUGAAGAAGGAGAAACAGGAUGCUCCCCCUCUGGUGAACGGAGUGUCGUAGAUACAUCACUGGAGGACCUUCUCACUUAGACACAUAUACUCAGAAAUGAACACACACUCUCUCACACACCCAUCACACCAAACACAACCAGUCCUUAACCAUCCAUAGUUUUGUUUUUUUCCAUUUUCAGUUUUUUGGCAAUCACGUUUAAUAGACAGGAGGUUCCAUUCCAUCAGCAUGGAAUGCUUAUUGUAGUGAAGACCAUGCUGGUCUGCUACAUCAGCGUGACAAUAUGGAUGUUCUCGACCAGCAAGCUUUGUGGCGAAACACAUCUAACGUUCAGUUAUAUGCAUCGCUUCUCCCCUAUUAGCAACAUGGUGAUGCUACGCAUGCUAGCCUUCACUCUCUCUGCACCUUGAGGUUUCCUACUUGACCUUAAGACAUACAUUUUUCAUGCGGUUAGGGCACAAUGAGGACCGUCCUCAACCCUGGUAAAGUAUGGGCAAUAUCUUCCAUGACACAUCAAUAUCAGCUUCUGUGAUUGCUUGUACUGUAUUCGACUUGCAAAUAAUUGUAAUGAUAAGCGGCACACAUACUAACAAAAUGUCCCUUAUCUUUACCGGACUGUCAUCGUGCAACAAGGUGACCCGAUCUUGGAUGAUCCACACACUCCCGUCUUUGUCCCACCACCUGAGCCUACUUUCACACGAGGCUCCUUUUGUUAGGCAGGGCAGCAUGAAUCCUCCCUCCUGAGAUCAGGAACCCUCCGUUGUCUGUGGGCAACAUUUGACAGCACACAGCUGAAGUUGUGAACUUCAGUGUUGAGGAGAAUCGGAUGUCCUGAAAUCCAACAUAACAAAUCGGCUUGGAUUUCACUAAUGUCAGGGUAGAUAAAACCCUUUACUGAGUUAGAGCAGGAUACGUUUGUAGGCCCAACUUACAGGGUUUUUGAUCUGUAUUUAGCCUUGUUGAGUGAGCCACUUUUUGCUCCAUGAUUUAGGAUGGAAUCGGCCACCUUUUUUUGUGGAACAAGAGUCUUGGCCUUUUGUCCCCAGACGUGUGUUCCAUUCCUGUUCUUUUAUAGAACAAAUCUGUCUACCGAUGUGGAUGGCAAGAUAACAUAAGUCCAUGGCACACAGAUGCAAAUCAACUACAAUGCAACCUCGGCUUUGGCAGUAAUUUGUUCCAAAAAUCCGACAAAAACAGUAUUAUACAAAAACCAAAGCAAUUUUUCCCAUAAGAAAGAAUGUCAAAUUUAUUCCUGACACCCAAAACUAUAAAGAAAAACCCAUUUUGUAGAGAAUAAUUUUAGUUUUACAUGCAGAAAACAAUGUGUGAAAUGGAUAUAAAUGAAGAAUGAAAUUGAUGAUGAACAUUUAACAUAAUUUCUCCCUUUAAUUGAAGACUUGUUGGCGAGGAGUGGAAAGGUACUUUGCUAGGAGUUCUUUCUUGAAUUCAAUAAUGUUUCUGAUUGCAACUUUCUUAAUUCCCAUGGUGGAUGGUGGCUUAUUCUGCAGUUGUUUUCAAUUUUAAAAAGCACAGAGACUAAGUCACCAAUGCUUUGGAUGCUAUGUUUGGUCACUCGAUUCUGCGGAACGAUACACCCGCGAACAGACUAGUUUGUUAUGCGCAGCUGCAGUCGAACAAAAGAUGACAAACGAUAUACGGCAUCUCUCUGGCUUGGUGACUGAUGCCAUUCAGCCGUUAUUCUCUUCCUGUGAUAUCAUUUAUGUUUCACAUCCUGUUCCGGCAUCAUACAGCCUGCACGUUUUUGAUGAUUCAAGCAGAGCUUCAUUCCCUGCAUUUAAAGUACUGGUGCAUGCAUCAAUGUAAAGUUAAGUAAACUGAUUUAAGUCUGAGCAUAAAACUCAUUUGGAUGCUUAAUGUUGAGCCAGAUCCACAGCUCCUGUGAGGCUUUUUAAACCGUUUCUAUCUCUGUGCCUUGGAUUUAUGCUUCUCUUUUGGUUCUUUUACAAGCACCUAACUGCUUAUUUUAUUUUCAGACCCUUUGCAACACUAAUUUCUGGUCCCCACACUUGCUGUCUGGUCUCUUAACAUUUAUUUGAAAAUUCUCACAAUGUGAUUUCUGAGGCCAGUAUUUCCUUUCCAUUGUGCUUAUUUUUACAGAAGUAUCAAUUAAUGGUGAUUUAUUUCUCACUAAUCGUUUUUCUGCAAUGCAUCCAAAAGUGGUUCAAGUACAAAUAAUCUUUUUACUGUCCGUAGAACAUUCACCGAAUGGAGUUGUUUAAAGAGAGAGGGUGGCAUACUGUAUAUAAUGAUGUCAUUAUUUGUCUUGAGAAAAAAGAUUUGUACUAUUGUUUCAAAUGUGCACUUAUCCUUAUUUUCUUUCUUUUUUUGCUGUUUGAUAUCAGUUGAAUGCUAGAUCUCUUGAUAAUAAACUUGCUGUAAAAAGUAUCCUCCAUAGCAGGGUUGAGUCACAUUGAUAGUGAAAUGUCCUAAAUGUCCUGUUCAUUCAUGAAUGAAUGAAUGUCCUAAAAUGUGGUACAAUAAGGGGGGAAAAAACUCCAAAAAAGUUAGUUGUGUUUUAAAGACUGUCAAUUGUUGCAGUCCAGUCAUCAUUGAUCAUAUGACUUAAAGUGACUUUAUUCAAUUUGAUCGAAAAUAUUCCCGGCAGUGCGUCGUUCAGGCUUCGUCAAGCUUGCAUGAAUUUAAAUAAAUUAUUAUGGUGUUCAAAUACAAACCACCCAUCAGUCAUUACAGGAAUCUACAAAGAAUGUUGAAUGUCCAUUCCAAAAAAUAUCACAUUUAUUAUCCAGUGUUCAACUGGUAUGAAAACCUAUAAUCUUUUCUGGUAAAAUACAGGUGGUCCUCGGGUUCCUAGACUGGGAUGCAAGUCGAGUUUUAAUAUAAGUCGGAACUUAUACCUAAAUUAACUUCUAAGUCACUUACAUUGUACGCAGAACACAUGAAGGACAUAUAAAAUAUAGUAAUAAAAGGAUUAAAUGAACCAGUAAUAAAAAGACUCCUUAUUCGUAUCCCUGUGGUUGCCUUUGUAGCUUCCUUUCUCCCAGUUAUUGUCCCAGUUUAGUCUGGAAGGAUAACCUCUUCUCUUCCCAAAUUUCCUUGUAACAGUGCACAGACUCCAUGACACCUUUAGCAUUCAAUAAUUGUUAUCCUUAAUGAUGGUUGUGACAGUCGAGCUAUUAGGACCAAAAGACCUGCCAAUGUUAGUGGGCGUAUCCCCCCUCUCAGCGCUUUUUAUGAUAAUUGUCACUUCCAUGGUGUUGGCUUUCCUUUUCUUUGGCGCACUGCCGUUUGGGAGACAUAAUGAAGUAUAAAAAGUUCACUAACAGCCGAUGUUUAUUGUUCCUCUGUGUGGCCACACGGCAACACACUGUAUUCUUCCUUCUAGUAAAUAGUUCUCAAGCGAGUCUUGUGUUUACAGAGCAAAAUUUAUUUUUAUUUUAUUUUCAAUUCUGAAUAAAUGUAUGGGAUCGUGUUCGUAACCACUAAACAUCUUAAACCAAGGGCCACUUGUAUUAACUGUCCAUAUCUAGAGCUAGUAAGCCACCACUGGAGGAUGUACUAUACCGACGCUUAUUUCACACCCAGGCUAAGUUAGAAAGUUUACGUCAAAAUGGUGCAACUGAUUUAACUGUAGGGUUGGACUCCAGCCUUAAUGUACGAUACGCUUUUUAAAAACAAAAAACAAAAAAAAAAAACCUGAUGUCAACUUUUCCGCAAGAGAAUGAGUUCUAUAGACUUGUGUGCAUUGUUUUGUUUUAGGGGAUAAUACUAACAAAUAGGGUUUGUAUGAUAGUAGAAACAUGUAUACUUUAAGGAGGAGGUGGGAAACUGUUGCAUGCUGCCCAUUUGUUGUUGGGAACCGGAGCGAAGCAUUUGGGAAAAUGAAUUGGAAAUGAGUUUUAUUGUAUUCUGUGAUAAAUACAAAACUCUUGAGGAAGAGUACUUGUUACCACGGUUAACUGAAGAAACGUCAGUGAAUCUUGGAAGAUGAACAAAAUCCCUGUCAUUUCCGAGUUUCUUGAGUUGUACACAAAUUCUGCUAUUUGACUGUUGCUAACUAAAAUACCAGCAUAACUCUGAGGUCUGUUGGCUGUCCACUUUCAAAUAAAAACAGCAAUGUUAUCACAGGA